GGUUAUAGCUUCACAAGGUCUAUAAAAAGAGUCUUUUUGGUUCGUUAGGAAAAACAAACAUGGGGUGUUUUCACUUUCUGUUCAUCUUUCUUCUUCAUCAUCUCUUCAUAGCAACUUUUGCUCAAGUCAAUAGCAUCAGACCGUUGCAAUUUAUGAAUGAUGGCACAACUCUGGUUUCAAGUAAAGGAACAUUUCAACUUGGAUUCUUCACUCCAAGCAGUUCAAAGAAUCGUUAUCUGGGAAUCUGGUACAGAAACAUCCCAGUUCAAACUGUGGUUUGGGUCGCCAACCGGUGUGACCCUAUUAAUGGCUCCUCUGGUUCGUUGACUAUAAACGCCACUGGAAAUCUUGUGCUUUUGAGAGCACAGAACAAGAGUGUCGUUUGGUCUACUAGCUCGUUGAAACAAGCCCAAAAACCAUUGGUCCAGCUCUUGGAUAAUGGUAACUUGGUUUUGAGAGAUGAAAAAGAUGGGAAUAUAGAGAACUAUCUGUGGCAAAGCUUUGAUUAUCCUGCUGAUACGUUCUUGCCUGAAAUGAAACUUGGAUGGGACUUGAAGAGAGGUCUUACUACGCGGUUUUCAUCGUGGAAGAGUUUGGAUGAUCCCUGCAAUGGAGAUUUCAAUUAUGGGAUUGAGUAUAAUGAACGAUUGCACACGUACCCUGAAGGGCUUAUUCGAAAAGGGACUGCAAAAUUUUACCGAACAGGGCCAUGGAAUGGCAUAAGGUUCAGUGGUGCUCCUGAUUUGGGACCAAACCCGGUAUUCGAUUACUGGUUUGUUUACAAUGAUGAUGAAGUUUACUACACUUACAGACUCAAGAAUAAGUCAGUGAUCUCAAGAAUAGUAAUGAACGAAACAACAAGUGAGCGUCAACGUUUGACAUGGAUUGAAGCUGAGAAAACUUGGAAAGCUUAUAACUCAGUUCCUCGAGACCAGUGUGACCACUACGGCCAAUGUGGGGCAAAUGGACAGUGUACCAUAACAGAGAGUCCAGUCUGCCAAUGCUUAAAAGGGUUUAAGCCUAAGUUUCAAGAGAACUGGAAUACAAUGUACUGGUCUGACGGGUGUGUGAGAAACAGUCCACUGAGCUGUGAGAAAGAUGGAUUUGUGAAAUUUUUUGACUUGAAAUUGCCUGAUGCUGAACACACAUGGGUGAACAAGAGUAUGAAUCUAAGGGAGUGUAGAGCUAAGUGCUUGAGCAACUGUUCUUGUAUGGCUUAUACAAACUCAGAUAUCAGAGAAGGCAGCGGCUGCGUCGUCUGGUUCGGUGAUCUGUUUGAUAUUCGACGUUUUCCCUCUCGUGGACAAGAACUGUAUAUACGAAUGUCGGCUUCAGAAAUAGCAGCGACUGAUCGUGAGAAGGUGAAGAGAGCAGUGAUAAUAAUAGCUAUCAUCGUCGGAUUGGCUGGCGGUGGGAUGACUUUAGUUGGCUUAUUAAUUAUUCGCAGGAGGAGGCAAUUUCAGGAGAGAAGUGUAAUAAUGAGGAGAAGUGAAAGCCAAAAUGAAGACUUAGAUCUACCAUUGUUCGGCCUACAGACAAUUAGCACUGCCACUAAUGAUUUUUCAGAAAACAAUAAGCUUGGAGAAGGUGGUUUUGGACCUGUGUACAGAGGUAUGUUGGAAACAAGGCAAGAAAUUGCCGUAAAGAGGCUAUCGACAUGGUCUGGACAAGGAGAUCAUGAGUUCAAAAAUGAAAUUAAAUUAAUUGCCAAGCUUCAACAUCGAAAUCUUGUAAAAAUUAUUGGUUAUUGUAUUCAUGGAGAAGAGAAAUUAUUGAUUUAUGAGUACAUGCCCAACAAAAGUCUUGACUAUUUCAUUUUUGAUCAAUGUCAAGGCAGGCUAUUAGAAUGGCCUAAGAGUUUCCAAAUAAUAUGUGGAAUUGCUAAGGGACUUAUGUAUCUCCAUCAUGAUUCUAGACUAAGAAUUAUACAUCGUGAUCUUAAAGCUAGUAAUGUAUUACUAGAUGAAGAGAUGAAUCCCAAAAUUUCAGACUUUGGUUUGGCUAGAACUUUUGGUGGAGAUCAAAUAGAAGGAAACACAAACAAAGUAGUAGGAACUUAUGGUUAUAUGGCACCAGAGUAUGCUUUUGAUGGUUUAUUCUCAAUAAAAUCCGACGUAUUUAGUUUUGGUAUAUUGAUGUUGGAGAUCAUAAGCGGAAAGAGAAGUAGGGGCUUUUACUACGAAAACAACGGGCUUACUCUCAUUGGAUAUGCAUGGACUUUGAUGAAGGAAGACAAAGCAUGUAAACUUAUUGACAAGUGCUUAAGAGUUUCAUACGAGGACAUGGAAGAAGUAUUGCGUUGCAUCCACAUUGCUCUCUUGUGUGUUCAACAAAGCCCAAGUGAUAGGCCUAAUAUGUCUUCGGUUAUUCUAAUGUUGGGUGGUGAGAGUGUGCUGCCACAACCCAAACCACCAGGUUAUUUCACCAAUACAAACUCGUGGGAAGGAGAUUGUUCCUCUUCUAGUAAGCUCUUGUCGUCUUCCUCAUGCCAUACGAGUAUAACAGUUGUUGAUGCGCGAUAAGUUAUGGUAUAAUAAGUAAGUGAGUAUUAUGUAAAUUUUGAGACCAAUAAACCAUUUAUUUCUUUCAUUAUUGUAAUGGUCAUUGGUUUUAUUAGUCCAUGUAUUAUAUAUAAAUUAUGCAAUAUAAUCGUGUCUUGUACGGUGUUUAUAAUAAUUAAUUUUUUUUAUUA